CAAUAUUUUUAUUCUAUCUCUAUCCUUCUUCCACUACAUGCUUUCCUUGUUUAUACUUUUAGUGCGUGAUCAAAUGAAAAUUUUUUAUAUAUUUAUAUAAUACGUUCUAAAUUUUUUUUGUGUAUUGUAACAAUGUUGAAUUAUAUUAUUUAAUUGAAGGAAUUUUAUAAAUUUAUAAAUUUUAUUAUUAUUUAUUUCCAUUUAUAUAUUUUGCAUAUUCUUAAAAAUAUGUAAUAUACAUUGUAUUCUAAUUAGGAAAUAUGUAAUAUUGUUAUGUUAUGUUAUUAAAUAUAUUAAAACAAUAAAUAAGAAAUAGAAAGAAUUUAACUAUAUCCUUUACCAAAUUGAGGUUAGUUCAAAACUUAACCUAUUCAUUGUAUUUACGCAAUGUAAACGCGAAAAGAAAUACAUAUUCUUUUUAUAUUUGUUUCCAAGUAUAAAGUUCGUUGUUAUUGUAAUAUUAUGAUCACACAAAUGUUUAAAAAAACUCUACUGGAUUUUAAAUAUAACAAUAGUAACUUUAUUAAAUGUUCUCGUUCUAUUUAUUAUGUUCCCGAUGCGCAUCUAUCUAAAAAAUUUUCUUAUAAUAAAAUAUUAAUAAGAUAUUUUUCAAAUAAACGAAAUUUAUCGAACAUGAAAAAUAUUUGUAUGUAUCGGCAAAUACAUCCACAAAUCCUUAAAAAACCAUUAUUAUGUAAUAAGUAUAUUCCACAAACCAUAAGAAUUUCUACUAAUUCUAUCAUUAUUAAUAGUAGUAGAAUGUAUUCAAAUACAGCUCCUAAAAUUAUAAAUGAAGUUGCUGCAUAUAAUUAUGGAAUUUUUCUAAUGAUUUCUGAAAGCUUACCCGUGGAAGUGAUUACAGAAGCUUUAAGAUUGAUGCAUUAUCAAACAGGUUUACCAUGGUGGGCAAGUAUCAUGCUCACUUCAAUUAUAGCAAGAACAAUUAUAAAUCUGCCAUUAAAUAUACUUGAUGUUCAUACAAAAGCAAAACAAGAAAAUUUGAAAUUUGAAUUGAAGGAAAUUGCAGAGAAAAUACAAAAGAAAGUGCAAAGGGAAGCAAUAUCUUUACAACUAUCUCCAUACCGUGCACAUUAUCUUUUUACACGUGAUUUUAAUAAGGAACAAAAACAAUUAUACAUAAAAAAUAAUUGUCAUCCAUUUAAAAGUGUUGCUAUAAUAUUAUUACAAACACCAAUAUGGAUAAGUUUUUCAGUUGCAGUAAGAAAUAUAUGUUAUAUGUUACCUCAAGUAAAUACUGCUACUCUCCAAGACUUUAAGGAAUUGACUACUGGUGGUUUUGGAUGGAUAAAAAAUCUUAUAGAUAUAGAUCAUUAUUUUAUAUUACCUUCUCUAUUUGGACUUUCAAACUUAGCUAUAUUAGAGAUAAAUCAAGUAUUAUUUCAUGUAAAAGAUACAAAGUUUAGUAGAAUUUAUAAGAAUUUCUGUAGAGUACUUAUAAUCGGUUUUGUACCAUUAAUGGCAUGUUUGCCAUCGUGUUUAUCAUUGUUUUGGGUCACCAAUAAUUGCUGUGCAAUAGUAUAUAAUCUAUUGCUUCUAUCUCCAAAAGUUCGUCGAUUAGGAAAAAUACCUAAAACCGAUUCUGAACUAAGGCGUCCAUAUACGGAAUUGUAUAAACGAUUAUUAGAGAAAUUAUAUUUAAAGAAAUUUUUAGCGUAAAUAUAAUUAUAUGUUGCUAAUAUAACAUAGAAAUAAAACUAAAUAUUUCUUUUUUUUCAUGUCAAAUGUAUAAUUUAUUAAAAAAAAUAAUAAAGAAGUAAUUAUUAAAGUA